CCAGUUCAGACAAUUCGAAGAAAAAAGGAAACGUUACUGAUUGGGAAAUAACGCGUUACCCUGUUUCUGCAUACAGCUGGGCGAGCUAGUGCACUCCGCGGUGAUUGAGCGCUGCUACGCUCUGGUGAGUUCUGGCGAGUGGUGGAUUAUAGUUGGCGUAAGAAGCAGGAAAUAUUCGGGUGGGUGUGUUUUCUCUGUUGUGCCAAAUGGAGCUUGCUUCGGGGGUUUCACGAAUUCCAGAACUUGAGCUGUAACGGGCUGCACGUAGCCAUUAUGCACAGAGCAAGCAUCCUUGUAGCACUGUGCCACACGCAUUCAUUUUCUUGCCAUAAUUGAGUAAAAACUUAUUGUGUUAUAAAGAACAGGUGUUCAGAAAAGGUGAAAUUGUGUUUCUAAUUUAGCCACGGUGAUUAGUGUUGAUUAUCUGCUGCAAUUAACAGCUAAUGUUUCGCGGGUGUAAGGACACUUUUUCAUUGUACCCUAGUGCUCUGCUACCUGUCCAUAUGCCAGGACAGGAAUAGCAGGGGAUCUAGUAAUCGAUAUUGUGUACUUGCUUCAAGCACAUCACGGCCAAAAAAGGAAGGGCGUAUUAGGCGUUGCUAUGCUACAUUGACUGUCGAAUUUUAGUGAAAAAAAGAAGAAUACAUAUUCCAAAACCACACGCCACGUUGAAUUCGUCCGCAGAGGUGAAAGGGCAGCAAUGACGGUUCUGAUUAGGGAGUUUUUCCCUUUUUCGGCAUCAUGGCCAUAGUCAUUUACUGCGCACGACGAAACCGACGGCUACUGCUGUUGCUGCUUGUUCGAGUGUUUUGAAGCCGUUCGGAUUUGUAUGGCUUCGUAUUGGGUUACUGCGAGUUUUCAUCGCACGUAGAGCCUUGCGAAAGGUCGUGAAUCUUCCCGCGUUCUAGCCCCAGCGCACGGUGUGUGCAAUAGUGUGUGAUGUGUGAAUUGAGUGUCAUUGUUGGGAAAGAGUUUGUUUAAAGUAAAUGCUUUACUAAUUCUGCUACCGAUGCCCGGGUUUUAUAGUCAGUGGGCAUGAGCUCUCAGCAGGAUCGCAAAUGAAACCGUGUAACAUCUGUGCAAAAUAUACGUGAUGUUUGCAUUGUAAUUACGAAAUAAUAGUACUUCUGUUGUUGCAGUAGUGUGUUCUUAAAGAGGUGUAUUUCGUGCUUGUUGGCAAAUCAGUGUUAUUCUGUGAUGAAAGAAAUUUUGAGAUGACUUUUCAAAUAUCCUUCGUCAAGGUUUAAUGCACCUGUCAGCGUGUUGCGUACAUGUGAAAUGGGAAACCAAUGAAUGGAACUUAUUGCGCCUAAAAUGGUAAACGGGAGCUUCGAGACGUCACGUAAGGUCAAGUCGAGCAACCAGGGACAGCGGACAUGGUAGAGAACGCCAUGACACGGGACAGCGAAAUACCGGCAAUCUUCAACCCGAAACGCGUUCGCGCUCCCUCUGUCGUAGUGACAGGAGACUCCCCAAAUGGACCCUUUGGAGGUUUCACGAACAACGUGCCACAGAUUACACAUUCGGACUCGGUGACCUCGAGCCAGCACGAUGGCCAGGACAGUCUGAUCGGCAUCACGGUAACCGGUGGAAUGCAUGGCGGUUGUGAUACGCCAACAUCACAGCCACAUGCACUACUCGGUAGCGGCGGUGGCCUUGGCGUUGGCAGCGGCGGUGGCUCCGGCUCGGCUAACCCGGCAGUCUCCUCGAGUCUCCCCUCCACGUCGCGAGUAAAGGCAUGCCGAGCGUCAUGCUGCUCGGAGCUGGCGCAGAAGAUGUACUUCGGCGUGUGCGUAACCGUACUGGUAACGGCCUCGUGGGUUGGUGCAACGCACUGCAUCAAGUUCCUGUACCUGCGCCGAAAUACCUACGCUUCCACGCUACCUCCACAUCUGACCGCGUUCAUCACCGACGGAACGACCGAUGCGAUUCCGGGUGGUGCGGCACCGGACCAGAACUCCACCUCGGCCAUGAUAGUUCACGGCUUCGGACCCACGUCCUCGUUCUUGCCCUCGACAACCAAACCGAUCAUUACCUCCGAUCGUGUAGCGCCCCCGCUAACCACACACGUCUUUAACGCACCGUUCUUUGCCUCUUGGUUCUGUACCAACUUCGCGAUACUCUUCUUCCCGAUCUACAUCCUCGGGCGGGUCGCAAUCAAGAAGUGCGACGGAACGGGCGAAGUGCUGGGCGAAAUUUUGCGGGGCUUCCGGGACCGAGGCUUCACCAUCGGACGCUUCCUGAACCGCUGCCUCACGUUCUGCGUCCUGUGGCUGCUGACCACAUAUCUGUACGCGCUUUCGCUCAAGGACCUUCUGGCCACGGACGUUAUGGCUCUGUUCGCGACGAACGUAGCCUGCGUGUACCUAUUGGCGUGGGUAAUACUCCAGGAGCAGUUUGUUGGUGUGCGGAUCGUCGCUGUGAUACUGUGUGAUACGGGUAUUGCGCUGCUGGCCUACAUGGACGGAAUUACGGGUAGCCCUACGUUGGGCGGAGUGGUUCUAGCGGCCCUGGCUGCCGCUGGCUAUGCUGUCUUCAAAGUAAUGUUUCGUAAGGUGAUGGGCGAUCCGCCCGUCGGGCAGAUCGCAUUCACGUUCUCGAUCAUCGGCUUCCUGAAUGCGGCCAUCUUGUGGCCGGUCUGCAUAGCACUCUAUUUUACUGGUGCCGAAAUUAUGCCCUGGGAAACCCUUCCUUGGGUAGUGCUGCUGAUGGCCAGCGUUUUACUGCUAGUUUUCCACAUCCUUACGCAGUUCAGCAGUGCCGUUACGUACAACAUGUUUGUCACCCUGGGACUCAUAACGGCUGUACCCGUUUCAGCUGCACUCGACAUCGUGCUGUACGGGGCUCACUUUGCUGGUAUGAAGCUGGCCGGUAUCAUAUUGAUAGCAGUCGGUUUCUUUCUCGUAAUGUUUCCGGACAAUUGGCCCGAUUACAUCACCCGUUUGCUGCGAAAAACUGGUCGCGCAUUACUAAGAAACCAAUGUUGUUGUGAUACUGCUGAAAAUGAUUACGAAAAUUCGAAAUAUCAUCUUGUUGGGUCACAACGCGAGGGUAAUGCGCAAAUCCUCUACCAGAAUGUUUUGUUCCUUUUUAAACACUCUCCCAGUUUCCUCCUUCUCCUCUACACGAUUCUGUGUUGUUGGAAGCUUAACAGUAAUCACACUAUCCUCGAACGGAACUCUAACACCACCUUCCAAAUUCACACUCUUCACACACUUUUGUGCAUAUUGUGUUCACCUGGAUUGCAUUGGGGCGACAACAAUUAUAAGAUGGGGUCGUCAUCCUCGAAGCGGAACUCCAUCGCAGCAUCGCGACGUCAUCGACUAUCGGACGGGCUACAUUCGAUCGCAUCUUCGCUCUCCCUCUGGCCGGGUGAGAUGACCGAUCUGCAGCAGCAGCAGCAGCAACAUCAUUUGCAGCAUCAGCAGAGCCUGCAGCACUUUCAGCACAUCCUGCGCAAUGAUAGCAGUAGCGAUUUCGUUGGUCUAAACCCGCACGCGAAACUGCGCCACUAUUCGCUCACCGAAAUGACCACCAACUUCAUCCGUAAGCCGGGCUCGAUCCGGCUUAGCCCAGGGUUGGGUACCGGGAGUGGUCCUAACUCUCUGUCGGCCACAGCCGACGCUCAUCGCUAUCCAUCGAUGAACGGGCGUAGCAGCUCUUACGGUUCGCUGGAGUAACAAUGCUCCCUUUCCCCGUACGGAGCGCAACAGCUUAAGGACAAUCUUUCAAACAAGCUGCGAUACACAAUACUUAGAUGUUUCGUGCACAGGAACUGUGGCACGAUUACGCGAGACGCGAUAAAGUUAAAAGUAGAGCAGGUGGAUUUUGCUUUACAUUUAAUUUGUAGUUUCUGAUUUUUUUUCUGCUCGUGGACAAACAAACAAACAAACCACAUCGUACCAAAGAUCGAACCGAGUCACAAUUACUUUAGUACUGUAUUCACUCACAGCAAUGCUACUAAUAACGGCAGACAGUUAGGUGUAAAAUAUUUCGUUCGCCACAAGCAUCCAUAGCAAACAAGUUGGCAGUUUUCAACUGCCUGAUAACGAUUGUAUCUAGAAUGUAGUUUAGCAAUCACUACACUAAUUCCCCUUUGAUAACAUAACUAGAGUCGUUUUAUCAGUACCUAUCACACACAGCCAGAAUCUUAGUUAUGUUUUAAUUAGUGUACAGCGUUGAUUCCCAUUUUCAAAAGGAAAACUUUAAUGAACUAGUAAUAAUGAGAAUCAUAACAAUAGUGUAAGCAGCGCGUGGAUAAGCGUUACUAGUUUACUAACACUAACGACAGCACUUCUCUACGGUAAGCUACGGUUACUGGCCAUAGCAGACGACAACCUGAUGGCUAGAACCUGGUUUUACAACAUCUGUUUGUAGCUUAACGUUUCUAAAAUUACCGUUCGGAAUUGAUGUAUCCGGUGAUAGAGGCAAUUUGUUAAUAGUUUAACUAGUUGAAGUAAAAUACCGAUUUUUGUUUAUAAUAUUCGAGUCGAUUUUAUUCCACGAAUGGUUUAGAAUGAAUGUUAUCCAACGAAGCGUGUUGUGCUAGUUACAUAUUUCCGAUAGAACACGUUAAGAGCAAUGUUUGCACACUUUACACAACUCACAAAGAUGAACAAUGUGUGGCAAUCGAACAAUAGCUUAAGGUACACCAAAUUCCAUCAAACGGCAUCAUAUUUCAAUGAUAAUUCCAAAUACAUAUUUACACAUUCAAUCGAGCGUAAACAACGAAUCCAUUUCUGUACAAUGAUGUUUCAAAUCGGGUUGCACUCCUGCAAGGAUAGUGUUAGUUGGAAAAUUCUGAAACCCAAAUGAAAUAUCAGAAACAAUGAUUGCAAUUCUUCCACAAAAAAAAAGUUGUUUGGUUUAAUUUAUAUUUGUGUUAAUUUGUGUAAAAAUAAUACUAAAAAUAAGUACUUAA